CGGGGACAGUCGGCAUCGAGAUCCCGAGAGAGAGAGAGAAGAUGCGAUCGACUUUGCUUGGUGUGAUCCUCGCUGCGGCGGCGGUGGCGGCGGCGCAGGAGGAGACGGUGCAGGUGGAGCUCCAGCAGGGCGUGAUCGAGGGCGCGAGGUCGGAGAUCGCCGAAGGGAGGUUCGUCUACAGCUUCCUGACCAUUCCCUUCGCCGAGCCUCCUGUCGGGGAUCUGCGCUUCAAGAACCCGGUGCCAGCUGCGCCUUGGUCGGGAGUGAGGAACGGCUCGCUCCCCACGCCCAUGUGCCCCCAGCUGUUCACCCUCGUCGAGGCCAAGCUCCAGGGGCAGGAGGACUGCCUCUUCCUCAACGUCCACACUCCGAGGCCUCACGAAGCGGAUCUGCCGGUGAUGGUGUGGAUCCACGGCGGAGGAUUCACCAUCGGAAACAGCGCCUUUUAUGGCCCGGCUCCUCUCCUGACGAAGGACGUGGUUCUCGUCGUCAUACAGUACCGUCUCUCUACUCUGGGAUUCCUGACGACCGGAGAUGACGAAAUUCCCGGCAACCUCGGACUGAAGGACCAGACAAUGGCCCUCCGCUGGGUGCAGGACAACAUCCGGGCAUUCGGAGGCGACCCAGGCAAGGUCACCAUCUUCGGGGAGUCAGCUGGGGCCGCGUCCACUCACUUCCACGUGCUGUCACCCAUGUCCGCAGGUCUCUUCCAGCGCGCCAUCAUGCAGUCGGGAACGGCGCUCGACCCGUGGGCGGUCAGGGAAGACCACAGCGACGUCGCGACCCGGUUCGGCGAGAUGUUCAACUGUUCAGGGUCGUCGCCCUUGACCAGCUCAGAGUUGGUGGCCUGCCUGAGGGAGGUCCCCGCCGCUGACCUGAUCGAGGCUCCCAAUAAGUUCAAGGUGUUCGUGGACUUCCCCAGCGUGAUGGCGCCUUCCGUGGACGGCGAGUUCCUCCCGGAUCACCCCGCCAGGCUGCUCAGGGACGGAAGGUACAACAAGGUCGACGUCAUCACGGGAACAACUCAGCACGAAGGCCAGAGCAUCGUCGGCAUGAUGGCCGGCAACGAGACCCUGGCGUCGCUGGCCAAGAACUUCUCCGCCAACGGCCCCGUCAUGGCGUACUUCGAGCCCGAGGAGGAUCGCGAGUACUUGGCCCGCCGCUUCUUCCACCACUACCUCGGGCCCCUGGAAGACCUCGCCGGGAAGUCGGACGCCAUGCAGGAGGUCCGCCACUUCUGGAGGAACAUGCCCCUCAAGACCAACAAACUGCUCGACCCCGAACGCUUCUCCUCCAGCUCUUUCACACUGUACUGCAAAAUUCACUGGCUAAAGAGAAUCAUACUAAAGUCGCAGAUAAGGGCAUCCAUAACAAGCUCCUACUCGAUCAUAAAAGUCGUGUAUUUAUACAACGUGACAGCUGACCUGUGUACCAUAUUUGUACAUCACCUUCACCAAUCUGACAUACCUUAUAGCCAUUCCCUUGUGUCAAACACCCUCACAUCUUCUGUUGUGGCAAACACAAUCUACGUGUCAAGUGUCAGCCUCCGAGAUUUCCUUGCACUGCACCAGGGAAAGAUGUCUGGCAUUAAAGUGCAGAAAUUGGACCGCCUAGGCCCUGGAGCCCUCAGGACCAGCGUAGCCCCCGCCCCUUCAAAUACCUUCCUACGCCCUUGUUAUAGAAGACCCUUGGCUCGUUGA